AUGUCCACGACAGCCCAAGAUCCCAUAGUUCAGGCGCUACAAGAUUACACGACAUGUGACGUCUCAGAUGCUCUGAUCAAGCUCAAAUACCGCAACGGCGGCUUCCUCUCCGGCCUGACUAUGUGGUCACCACAGCGGCAGGAUGGCGAGACAAAAAUCGUGGGCCCGGCUUACACAGUCAAAUACGUGGCUCUGUCCGAUCCGGCGCCGAAGUUAGCUACCCAUUACAUCGACUCGGUGCCACCCGGUGCUGUGGUAUUCGUCUCCUGCCCUCCAAAGACGCCCAACGCCGUCUACGGCGGCCUCAUGUCGGCGAGAGCGCAGUAUCUGGGUGCUGUCGGGUCUGUGAUUGACGGGCGUUUCCGGGACGUGCAAGAGCAGCGCGAGCUGGGCUAUCCCGUCUUUGCCCGGGACACAGGCACUGCGCCCCCCGCCGAAUUGCUCAAGGUCGUCGCGGUCGACGUCCCCGUGAAGCUGCAGACUGAUGAGCAGGACAUGGAGAUCAGACCCGGUGAUUACAUUAUAGGGGAUCUGAACGGAGUUGUGGUAUUGCCCAAGGAGUUGGCAGAGCAGGCGAUACCCCUAAUGCAGAAGCAGGUAGCAGCGGACGAGAAGAUGGCAGCGGAGAUCAAGAAGGGCAUGGGUUUCACUGAAGCAAGCAAGAAGUUCCGAUCAUAG